AUGGACGCCGGGCCAGCGCAGAACGUGCAGGCCAGCGACGACGUAUCAAAAGUUGCGGCGGCCACAUCGCCGCGCAGCGCCAGCGCACGACGCUGCUGCGCUCCCGACGGCCAAGAGAAUGGUCAGGAGCCAAACUCGACGGGCUUCGUCAGCGAUGCACGGCUGGCCUCGCUCAGCGGCAGCGGUACGCGCGAUGUCCCUCUCUCGGACCACUUACGCUUACGCUCGGACCGCUCGUCGGAUCAAGACAACGCCGGCGGGCAUGCUUCGCCGAGCACUGACCCCCCGCCGCCGCUCGCGUCCCGCGGGGCGCUGAGCGCCGUCAGCCGUGCGCCAGGAGGCGGGCGUGGCGGCGGCGGCGCCUUCCAGUCGCCGCCAGAGUCGGUCAAGCCCUCCGAGUCGCUCAUCGCGCCGAUGGCACAGGUGAACGCAGCGCCGGCGCCUCCACCGCUGCAACUCCCGUCCCCCUACCUCUCGCAGCAGCAGCAGCAGGGACGUUGCUCGUGGGCACGCGCCGCUCGCCGCUCGCCCCCCCGCUCCUCCGCUCCGGCCACGGAUUCAAAACCGGUGCAGUGCCCUCUGUGCUACCAAUACUUCCACCCCGACGUGAUCCGUGGCCAUGCCGCCACCUGCGGAGACCCCCCGUCGCCGCCUACCAACUCGCCCAUCCCGACCGAGCCGCGACGCAUCGCCGACGCGCCGCCGCCGCGUCACGCCGAGAAGCAGCCCGACCAGCUCUUUCACAAAUGGGUCGACAUGCUCGAGAUCAAGCCGACGAGCGCCGGCGAUCCACUCUGGCUGGCCGACAAGUGCAUCGAAACCUUGCAGCGCGCCGUCGUCACCGUCCACAAGCCGGACGACAAGCGCAACUUUCGUGUGCGGGUGCCGUGGAUCCGCGAGAAGCUCGGCCUCCCGCCGCCGCACCAGCCGUACUUUCUCGCCAUCAAAGCAGCGAGCGAGAAGGCGGGCCUCGCCUCCACCACCGUCGGGCUGCUGGUUCAAUGCGACCGGCUCGAGGAGGCGCUGCGCCUCUGCGACGAGAUUUGGCGCGACGGCCUGCAGCUGCCCUCCGAUGGCACGACCCUGCCCAAGCAAGUGAUUUGCACAGCGCUCUCCCUCCCGCGGCGGGGCCUGCUCGAUACGCUUACCGAGGCGCACAAGCGGAUGUUUGAGGACGAGGCGACGGAGCCCGGGGCGGCGCCAUUCCAGGUGGCGCUCCCCGAGAAGGUGGCGCAGAUCGCAAACGUGCUCGGCACCGACUCGCUGCCCGUCGGGGGGAGCCUCGUCGACACGCUACACGCCGCCAACGAGAUGGUGGGCCUGCAGGGCGAGGGAGGGCUGGUCGAGCAGGCCGACCGGCUGCUGGAGAUGAUGCUGCGUCCGUUGACACAGCAGGCGGCGUCGCCCUCCCGCUCGCCGCUCACCAAGGCCGGCAAAAGUGCCGGCAAGACCAGCGUCAAGACCAGCGUCAAGAGCGGCGAGCCGUCGCGGCUGUUCAAGGCGGACCGUGGGCGGCUCGUGCUCGAGCGGACUGACCAGCUCUCCGCCAAGGCCGUGGCAGCGGCGAGCGGCGAGAGUGCAGGGCCACCUUCGCCCUCGUCGCUCUCGGCCAGUGCGCGGGCGUCCUCGUUGCCGGCGGGCAAGACCAAGGACAAGCCCGCUCAGGUGCAGCGGUCGCUGAGCGCUGCGGCCGAGAAGAGCCUCUCUGCGUUCGCCGGGCCGACGCCGCCCAAGGCCGCCCCCGUCAGCGCCCCUCUCCUGUCGGAGGCAGAGAUGAAGCCUCGGGUGGCCCGCUGCGAGGAGUCCCUCGGCAUCGAGCCCGCGGAUACGGCCACCCUCGCGCAGCGGAUCGGCAAGCUGGAGCGCAGCCUCGGCCUGGCGAGCAGUGCGAGCGACGGCACCCUCGAGGAGCGGCUCGUCGCCAUCGAGAGGGUGGGUCUGCCGCUCAGCCGCAUCGCCAACUCGGCCGCCUUCUCGCCGUCCGAGGGCAGCGAGAUCAAGAAGCAGCUCGUGGCGUUCGAGGCGAUGCUGCACGACGGCGCGCUGCGGCUGCGGCCAGGCCCCGAGGCGGAGCCGAGGGGCGUUCUGCGGCUGCUGACGGCCGCCUCAAAGGCCACCGCAAAGGCGGCCAAGGCAAAGCCGCCCCACGACAGCAAGCCUGCUCAAGACGAUGCGGCGCUGAGGCAGGCGCGCCGGAUGAACGACGCCAACGCGCGCCACGCGGCGGGCCUGCUGCUCGCGAGGAAGAUGGGGCGGGGCCACCUGUCAGAGCUGGGCGCACUCUCGAAGGGCGUGGGCGAGGCCGCCAUCGCCUCCCACUACGAGGACCUGCCCUUCCGGGCGAUGGAGCUGCUGUUUGAGCAGGCCGCGGUGAGCCCGAACGCGUGCCUGCGCGGGCUGCCCGAGGACGUGCUCCGCCUCUGUGAGCCGCACGUCGAGCGCGUCGGAGGCCUCUCCCACUCCGAUGCUCUGAUCGGGCUCGGCGUCUGCGUGCGGGCCGGCCGCGUCGACCUCCUCAACGCCCUCUUGGCGAUGCCCCUCACGGCGGGAUCGCACCAGGCACGCUCUGAGCUGGUCCGGCGAUGCGAACGCGACCUCGGUGUCGCGGCAGAGGCGACCCCCACCGAAGACGGCAGCGACGCUUUCCUCCUGACCUUCACUGGUACGACCGAGCCGCACAAGACGGCCGGCGCGCUGCGCGAGAUCUACGGGAGCGUGAGUGCGCCAGUGCGGUGCGAGGUGGAGGAGGAGAAGCGCCUCACGACGAUGACGUUGUCGAGCAAGGAGGUGGAGCGUGAGAGGGGGCAGGAGAAGGAGGUGGUGGCGCACGCGGAGAAGAAGAUCGAACAAGCCCGAGACUAUCAGACCGAAUGCGAGACAUACCUGAAAUUUCUCGCCUCACCGGAGCAUCAGCAGAACUACAAGAAGGCGUCGCUCCGCUGCGCGCGCGAGGCGCAUCUGCAAGCGGGCUGGGCACGGCUCCUCUUUGGCAUCCGCCUCAGCGAGGCCACGCCGGAGGCUGGCACGCUCGUCGUCAAGUCAAAGCCGGCGCCAACCAAGCCGCCGACCAAGCCGUCGACCAUGCCGCCGAUCACGGAGGCAUCCCCGGCGACUCCCAAGCCCUGCGUGGACACGAAGACGCGGGCAGAGGACCCCAAGGUUGCGGAGGAGACACGGCAGUCGAUGCUCAAGGACCUUUCUAGCAGGCUGAGGGACUUGAAGGGGGCGUUCGGCGUGAGCAUCUCUUUUCCGGCGAAGCGCUGGGUCUGUGCUGACGGGCGCGCUGGAGACAUCGAGCCGUUCAAGUGCGAUUCCGACCCGGCGCCGCGCGCAAGCUCGUCCACGCGCGACUUCACGCAGGAGCAGGCGGAGAAGGCCAUCCUCUUGGAGCACGAGGAGGACGCACUCGAGCCCACGAUCGAACCUGAGGAGCUCGCGGAGGUCAUCCGCAAGACACCCGAGUACAUCAAGCAGAAGGAGCUAGAGAUCGCCAACUUCAAGCACAAGGCCAAGGAGCGCGAGCAGAAGUGGGAGCAUCGCCUCGUCGCUGCACGCGCGGCGGUCACGCAGGCGGAGACAGAGGAGGCCGCCGCCGAGGUGGACCUCGCCGCCAAGGAGGGCAAGCUGAAGCAGUUGAAAUACUGCCAUCGAGUGCAGCUCCGGCUGCCGCGCCAGACGGUGGCAAGCCUCGUCGGGGAGAGCCGGACGCUGAGCGCCUGCCUGCUCAAGUUCGACAACGCGUCGAUCGGCUGCCGGCUCGCCCUCGCGCCGUCGGGCCACGGGCUCGUCGUGAGCGAUGUCGCGGAGGGCUGUGCCGCCGACGCCGCAGGUCUUCUCUCAGACGACGUGAUCCUCAGCGCCAGCGUGAUCGCACGCGGGGACGAGACGCUCAAGGAGCCGCUCCUCGUCAAGGACGCGUCGGCCAUCGCCUGCGCGCUCUCGCCCGCCGACGCAUCGCUGCGCCUCUUCCUGGGCAGCGAGGAGCUCCGCUUCGAGGAGCACCGGAUGAUGGCCGAGGACGACUUUGUGCGGUGCUACCGAACCUACUGCUGCGACAACGACCUCGUGCCGCUCGGCUCGGAUGCCGCGAGCGGCUUCGACGUCUUUGCCGACCAGGCGCUGCAUGACCCGAAGAAGCCGCUUGCUGGGCUGGCCAGCGACGAUCUCGACCAGCAGCUCCGCAGCCUGUGGGCAGGAGCUCGCCCGGAAACGCGCAAGAAGUGCGACGACUUCGCGCACAAGGCCCGCCGCAGCACCGGCCCCCUCACUGUCGCUGCCUUCUGCGCCUUCCGGGACAAGCAGCUGGCGCGGGUCCGACGCGAGUGGUCCGCGUGGCCGCAAGAGAGGGUGGACAAGAAGCUGCUCGAGCUGUCGGGCGUCAGCGUCCCCGCCGAGCGGCGGCAGAAGCUUCUGCGCCUCGCCACCGACCAGGCGCGCAAGCUGUCCAAGCCGCACUGCUCGGAGGCGCUCUCCGACUUCAAGCUGCAGGCAGUCUCCCACCGCCUGACCGACGAGGCUGGCGUCGUGACCGCACUCGCCGCUCUCGAGUCCUCGCUGACCAAGCUCCUCGGCGCCGGCGGGGUUGUCGAGCAGAUGGCCACCUUCCUCGAGAGCGACCUGGCGAGCGACGCGGACGAGUGGGCGUCGCUCCGCGACUGGGUUCUGGAGAUGCGCCGCACUCACCUCGAGCUGGUCCGCGCCAAGCGGUACGACGAGGCGACCGCGCUGCUCGACUCGGCCAAGGAGAACGUCGAGGGGCGGCGCGAGGCGCUGCUGGCCAGAAUGAACGAGAAGAAUGAGGAGGCGAUGGCGGAUGCUGCCCAGUAUCGCGCGCGCCCCGUCGAGGACGAGAACACGUUGGAGAUGGACCACGCGGCGGCCGCCGAGGUCAAAGCGAAGGAGGUGCGCGCCGCGUUGAACAAGAGCUUGCUCGGAAAGGAGAAGGCGUUCCGGGUGGCGAAGCAUCGCGCUGUGGCGGAGCAUGACGGCCUGACGGCUGCAGCGGCGAUGGCUACCCUGAACGGAUCGCUCGUGGAGAAGGAGUACUUGGAGGCAAAGGAGGCGUCCGAAAACGCCGAUGCCGACGCCAGCCGCGCCAACUCGCUUUUGCGCAACCUCGAGCGAGAGGCGCGCGAGCGGGCGGCGAAAGCCAAGCGAGAGUACGAGGCGUCGGCGGCCUUGAGGGCGGCGGCUCAGGCGCACAGCCAAAAGGCGUCGAGGUUGCUCCAGGCAGCCGAGCACCAGCUCGAGUCGCUCGCCGAGCAGGCCGACGCCCACGCGGCAGUGCGGGCCAUGCUGAGGAGCGCAAAGACGACCCGCUUCGUCCGCGGGUGCAGCACCGGCGGCGCCCGCCCGAGCGGCAUGCCCGCCAUCGCCGAGGCCGAGGAUGAGAGAGAGGCGGUGGAGGCGCCGCACCAGCAGCAGGUCAUCACGCUGCAGCUGCAGGUCGAGCGCAAGAGUGCCAUCCGGCUCGCCGUCGAGCGGCGCAGCGUGCCAGCGCUGCAGGCGCUACUCUCUGCCGCGGCCGCAGGCGCCAAGGCCAGCUGGCAUGAGGCGCCAGACGUGCGCCGCGCGCUCGCGGACGCGUGGCGCGGCGCGCUCGCUUGCCCGCCGGUCGACAACAGCGUCGUGCUCGGCCCUCGGUCUGCGGCGCAGGCCGACGCCCUCGGCGGGUGGCGGGCGCCUCUCGAGUGCUUGUGGCAGGCGCUGCCCGCCGGCGCACUCACGCGGUGGUCUCUCGGCGCUGCCACCGAGGGCGAGGUCGAGGCGUGCCUCGCGUCGGAGUCGCGCACGACCAACGGCGUGCUGGCCGGUGUGCUCCGCUCCGACGACGGCUCGUUGCAUUCGCUGCUGGAGUUGCUCCUGAGCCAGCGCGCCGCCGACCCAAAGGCGGGGCCGCACGCCCUCGACCGGCUGAGGAAGAGGCUCGGCGAGUGCGGCAUCGACGAGGAGAGCAAGCCCGGCACGCCGCUUGCGCCAGGAGCGGCCCUGUCGGUGCUCGCUGGCGCGCCAGCGGACCAGGAGCUCUGCUCGCUGCUCGAGGGCAUCGCCGCCCUGCUGCCCUUUGAGGUUGGAGGGGCGCCACCGCUGCUUGAAGCGCUGCAGGAGGCGGCUGCGGGCGACGUGCGCCCUCGCGCCCUGCUCGUGGCGCACUUGUGCGAGGAGGCUGCCGACCUGAGCGGCUGGUCGCCCCUGCACAUCGCGGCGUGCAUGGACGACGUCGAGGCGACCGAGGCCCUCCUGCAGGCGGGCUUCUCGGCGCUGGCUGAGGCGCCGCUCACGGGCGCGACGCCGCUCUCGUGCGCCGCUGUCUGCGGCAGCCAGCGCGCGCUCACCUCGCUCUGCGCGUUCCAGCUCCCAGCUAUCGAGGCGGAGUCCAUCAAGACGGAUGCAGAGAAGAGGGCGGCGCUGACGCGGCUGCUGCCCGCGGUGGCGGAGCAGUGCGACGAGUCCUCGGUCACUCUGCUCGGGCCGAUGCUCACCUUGCUCGUGCGCCACGGCGCCAACCCCGCCGCGCAGAGCGAGCCGUUCGAGCUGAGCGCUGGCAGCCCCGCCCGCUCCCUCUCCCCCUUCGAGGUGCUGCUGCGGCAGUGCCUCCCGUGGCUCGCGUGGGCGCACCUGGGGCUCGAGAGCAGCAGCGGGCAGGCAGAGGCGGCGGCGUGGCAAGCCGCGGCGCAGAGCCUCGCCGUCGGCACGGCAUUCGCGCGGCCCUCUGAGGGUGAGCCGCCCUCCGCCGCCGCGGUGGGGGCGCAGGCUGUCGGCCGGCUCCUCCUUGCGUACGUGCCGUUUGGCAUCUGGCCGGCGAAGGCGCAGGAGGAGCUGAGGACGGCGCUCGUCACCAGGCAGGAUGGGCGGUGGGCUGACGCGCCACUGCACGCCUUCGCCAUGGCGCCGCACGCGGCUCUGCUUCCCGUCGCGCUGCUCCAAGGCGACGCCGACCCCAACCUGAGGUGGCCGGACACAGGCCGUUGGUGCGGCCAGUCGGCGACGCACCUCGCCGCCGCGGGCGGGCUGUACGUCUGGGGGCGCGACAGGGACCGACCGACGGUGCGCAGUGGCGGCGAGAGUGGCGCCGACCUGCUCAGGCUGCUGCUCGACCCGCUGCUCGGGAGGGCCAACCCGCUGCAGCGCGACGCGCGCAGCAACCUGCCGCUGCACCUCUGCUGCGCCAUCGACGACCGCGCGGUGGCAGGCCUCCUCGCGGCGCAGCCGGAGAUGGGCGCCCACAGCUUCGAGGGCUACGGGACGCAGAACCGACGGCACGUGACGCCGCUCGCGCUCUGUGACGCAAGCGGCGGCGUGGCGGCGCUCGUGGCCAAGCUGCGCGAGGAGGCCGCGCGGCUGGCGCAAGCGGCGGAGGAGCGGCUGCGCGCCGCGGGCGGCACGCUGCCGUCGAUCGACUCGAUCCUCCGCCCCGAGGCGAGCGUGGCCGAGCUGCUCAGCCUCCGCGGCGCCGCCACCGGCGCCACGUCCAAGGCCGCCAAGUCCAAGCGUGCCGCUUCACCCCGCGCGCCGCCGACGCACAAGCCAGAGAACGGCGAGGCGGAGGCAGAGGCGGAGGCGGAGCCUUCACCGGCGAGCCUCGUGGUGAGUGGCGAGGAGCGCAGCCGGAAGCUCGUGAAGCGUCUCUGCUUCGGCGCCCAGCCGAUCCGCGUCGUCCUCACGCGGCACGUCUGGCUGCAGCUGACGAUGAUGGACGUCGCCCGGCGGCGCAAGGCGCUGGCGCUCUUCCACACGCUCGCCUCUGGCGCGGGCGAGGCGACGUCGAGCCCUUGCCCCGGCUCGGAGGCGGUGCCGCUGCGCGUCAGCGCGAGCCUGGGCAAGGGCGGCGAGGCGGUCUUCGCCGUCGUGUGGGAGCGGAGCAGCGAGGGGCGCCCCUUCUUCGAGGCUGCGCGCGGCGCCGAGGCGAUCCGCGUGUGGUCGAUCGAGACCUCCGACGUGUCGCUGCACGAGGUGGCGCUGUACGUCGAGGAGGCGUGGGCCUACGGCGAGAGGGGGCGGCGCGACACCGAGGGCCGCUUCCCGAUGGGCACCACCAACGAGCUCUCGCACCCGAGCGACAAGUGGCACCCGGUCCACGCCGAGGACGGCGGCGAGCUGGCGGUACCCUACGUCAUCAAGUGGUACGCCGUGAGCGACACGCUGCCCAAGCUCCUCCUCCUCAACCCGGACGUGCAGGACGUCCAGCUGCCGCUCCUCCUCGACGCGCACGAGGAGGCGCUCGUGCCGCCGCCGCAGCCGACCUGCUCCACGCUCCUCGUCGGCCGCUCCGGAACGGGCAAGACGUCCCUCUGCAACGAGCUCCUCUACCGCACCCACGCGGCCAACGAGCGGCGCCGCGUCGCAGAGCAGCGCGUGGCUGAGGGGGCGCCGGCCCGUCUGGAGGCCGAUGGCGAGGGCGCGCCGCCGCACGCCAACGUGCUCUUCCUCUGCAAGAGCCGCACUCCCGAGCUGGACGCGCCCCUCUUCCUCUCCUCGUCCGAGUGGCUGGUGCUGCUCGACCGCUGCCUGCCGCCCGACCAGCGCUGGUUCAAGUCCGACCAGGAGGAGGCGCGCUUCCUCUCUGCGACGGACGGCGGCGGCGACAGCCUCGCGCCGCUCCUCGCGCCGGCGGAGCCCUCGUCUCGCUGCCCCAAGCCACACCGUUGCUACCUCUCGCGCGAUGAGUACCUCGCGCUCGCGAGCAAGCAGUCGCCGCUCGAGCCCGCGAUGCGGCCCGCCGCGUACGACGCCUUCGAGGAGUACCUCAAGAAGAAGAAGAAGAAUGGCCUGUACGACGUGUGCGACCUGGUCUUCCACCUCAAGACGCAGCCGCGGCGCCACUCGCCGCUCCACAAGGUCGUCAUCGACGAGGUGCAGGACCUGACCAUGGCGGAGCUGGCGCUGCUGCACGACACGUCCGCCGAUGAGGACGGCUUCUUCAUCUGCGGCGACACGGCGCAGACCAUCACGCGCGGCGUCGGCUUCCGCUUCACCGACGUCAAGCUCCUCUUCGGCGGCAGGCCGAAGCUGGCCCAGCUCAAGACCAACUUCCGGACGCACGCGGGCAUCCUCGGCGCGGCCAACGCGCUCGUCGGCCUCGUCACGCGCCUCUUCCCAAACUCGCUCGACCGGCUCGAAGAGGAGGAGGUCGGCCACUUUGGCGGCCCGCCGCCAGCCCUGCUGCCCGACACGGACCCCGCGCGGGUGGCGGAGAUGAUGCUCGCCGCGGACGACAUCGGGCUCGGCGAGAUGGGCGCGAACCAGGUCGUGAUUGUGCGCAGCGCCUCGGCCAAGAAGAAGCUGCCGCCGCUGCUGCGCUCGGGGCUCGUCCUGACUGUCGAGGAGAGCAAGGGCCUCGAGUUUGACGACGUCUGCAUCUUCGACUUCUUCGCCGACUCCGACAAGGCUUGCACCUGGCCGGUGGUCGGCGCCAUCGACGGCGAGGUGGCGCAGGGCGCGACCGCUCCGCACGCCUUCGACUCGCUGCGCGACCAGGUGCUGUGCGUGGAGCUCAAGAUGCUCUACGUCGCCAUGACGCGGGCGCGCAAGCGCUGCUUCGUCUACGACUCGUCGACCGAGCGGCGCGCGCCCCUCUUUGGCUACCUCAGCCGCGCGGGCGUCGCCGAGAGCGGGCUCGAGAGCCUCCUCUCCGCGUACCUCAAGGGCGCCGACCGCGCCAACGCGCUCGUGAUGGGCGGAAAGCGCCUCUACUUCGAGGCCAAGGAGGCGAAGGACGCGGCGGCGACGGGCCGACUCCUCCACCUCGCCGCCGUCGCGCUGCUGCAGGGCGCGGCUGCGCAGCCGGAGGGCGCCGCCGCCGACAGGCUGCGCAGCUCGGCGGCGCAGGUGUGGUGUGAGGCGGCGGUGACGACUGCGCCGACGCCGCGCUCCGCGGCAAAGUCCUUCUACACCAAGGCGGCGGAGCUGCUGCGCGACGGCUUUGGCCGCGGCCGCUCUGCGUCGCGGCUGGUCGAUGCGCUCAGCUGCUUCGUGAGCGCCGCCGCGCAGGCGGCGCUUGCACCGCUGCCGUCGAGACGCGUGCUUCCUUCAAUGCACGCUCCCUUCAAUGACGUGGCCUUGGCGGCCGGGCAAGAGGCGGCGGUGGACGAGGCGGUCAAGAUCGUGGCGGCGAGCCUCCGCUGGGGUGCUUAA